GUAGGUACACAUUGGCAUAACAACUAGCUCUGUUUUAAAGUUUCGAAUUUGUUAAAAAAAAGAGUGAUAUUAUAAACUUAGUUUAUUUUAACAUGCAUCCUUUCAAAUGCAGUAUUUUUAUUUCGAUCGUUUUUAAUUAUUAUCUUGAAUUAACUCAAAGUCUUAAUGAAAUGCCACCGAUUGACGACGAGAUUGUAAAAUCUGAAGCCAUUAUACGUAACACAUUUAAUAGCCUCUUUUACAAUCUUAAAUUGAAACAGAUCAAAGAAAAUAUAAAAUUAAAGGAAUAUUCAACUAUUCACAAAUAUUUUACGUCUCUUGCGUUGCAAGAUUAUGAUACUUUAAAUAAAAUUGCUCGAAUGGUAAAAGUAAGCAGUAAAAAUGUAAAUAAAACAGCAGAUUUUAUGGGAAUGAUAAAUAAUGUUUUUGAGCUCAACCAAUUUACAGAAAAUAGUAAAAAUAAAUCAACAGAAUAUAAUGAUGAUAAUGUUAUCAGAUAUAUAUUAUAUUUUCUAAAAAUUCUAAAAAAAUUAAAAGAGACAAAUAAUGUUGAUGAAGUAUAUCUGAAUAUAAAUGCCAAUAUUGUAAAUCUCUUGAAAGAGCAUAAAAGGAUAUCUAACGACUCGGUCAAUUUCUACAAAUCUGACGACAAUAACAUUCUAAGUGAAAACGAAUUUUGGGAGACCAGUGGUCGUCGAAUCUUCAAAGGCGAUAGAACCAAGAUAAAAUAUUUUCCAUUCAUGGCGUCCAUCCAAAUCUUCAAUAACUUUCACUGCGCUGGAUCGAUAAUUAAAUCUGACCUGAUUAUCACGGCUUCAUCGUGCUUGCAACUGGCGUGGAAUAAUCGAUUAUUUCGGGAAAAUCCAGCUUUUCUGUCAGCUCGUGUUGGCAGCAGCUUCUACAGCGGUGGUGGAGAAGUAAUUCCCGUGCUUGAGAUAUACUUUCAUCCCAGCUAUAAUCCAAAGACCUUGAGAAAUAAUAUCUGUUUGUUACGAUUGGUCAGGCAUUUAAACUUUAGGAGAAAGAGUAGAAGAAUAAAGAAAAUUGAUUUUGAUAGACAGCCUUCAGGUAUUCCUGUGACCACUCCAGGCAUAACUAUUCUAGGAUGGGGAGCAAAAACACACAGCCCUAUUAUUGGUAACCCUUGGAAAAAUAUUUUGUCAUAUACUGUCCUUCAUGUAUAUCCAUUACAAGACUGCCAAGACGUUUAUUCAAGAGAGUAUGUUACCAGGAAGAACUUCUGCGCUGGAUUUUUUUCUAGAGGCGGAGGGGCUUGUAAUCGUGACGUUGGUGGUCCUGGAAUAGUAGACAGUAAAUUGAUGGGUAUAAUAAGUUUUGGAUCUCCCGUAUGUGGGACACCAGAUGCUCCAACAGUGUUUACUAAGUUAGGCUACUACAGUGAUUGGAUUGAAGAAAUAAUGGAAAUGGAUAUUCCGGUCUCUAAAAAGAGAACAACUCUGAAACCAUUACACGAUCCAUUUACAGCUCUACCUUUAUAUUCAACUAAAAAACCAACAAAGUUUAAAAUACAGCCGCAUACCGGAGGAACAAUGACUCCAAUCCCAAUAUCGGUUAUCGACAACCAACUCCGUAUUUUCGAUAAUAAUGUCUUUAAAGAUUUCUUAGCUACUAUGUUUCACAGCGAAGAAGUAGCUGAAGAUCAAGACGUUGAAGAUGUUGAAGGGAGUAUAGAGCUUGAAACGACAGUCAAAUAUGGAACAAAGUAUUAUGAAGACGUAACUGAAAAAGCAAAGCGAAUUACAGAAUAUGAAGACGUUUCUACAGAUGAAAUUGGCGCAAGUCAUAAAAAUACUGCUGUCACUCUAAUUAAUGCGGAAAAUCAACAAAGUGUUUAUGAUUCUGAUGAAGACAUAGAAAAGUUGAUUGAAAACGUAAGCAUGGAAAAAAAUGUUAAAGGAGAUGUAAUGGUGACGCCAAUAGUUGAUAAGGAGACUAAAGAUAGUGAUAUAAAAUCCAAGGGUUCCCAUAAGUCUAAAAAUGAGAAUUUACUUACUUUACUGUAUUUAUCUGAUGAUGAAAAAAAGGACAAUGUAAAAAUGAUCCCAGUAGACGAUAAUAAUAUAGUUAGUGAUGAAUGGGAUGACUUUUCCGGUAUGAGCAUUCCCGUUAAUUUUGAUGACUUGACAAGAGCAAAACACAAAGUAGUUAGUGAGUUGCCUGAAAGCGAUUUAUUUAGGUAGGAAAUUCCGAAUAUAGAUAUUAAUUCUCAAAGUGUUAAAUAUUUAUUUUCAAUUAGAUAUAGGAAUUGUUGAUUUGAACAACUAUGAUCUCCCCUAUUGAUCUAAGUCAAAAUAAACAAAUA